UUGUUUACAAGAACCAUGAUAGGGACACAUAUUUUGGUUACCCGUAUUCUAAAGAAUCAAGAGGUCUUGAUUCUUCAAUGUAUCCACGAAGGUUUUUUUUGUAGCUUGUCCAUUCGCAGCACUUCCUGGUCAACUAUAACCCUUUGACAGAUGAAUGGUCCCACAGAAGAAAUUGUAGCUGUCAGUGAAGGGUGUUUCAGUUCUGAAAAACAAACACACACAUAAACCAGGGCCGGCUCAGGCCAUUUUGGGGCCCUAAGCAAAAUAAUGCAAAGGGGCCCAUAUUUUUGGCCCAGCAUUGCGUCACAGUGUACUGUGAAACCCAUACAUGCAAUCCAAGCCAUACAUCCAUAUUUUGUAUAUUAAUCAGAUUUUGUUGCACUGCAUACUUCAAACUUCUCACCCCAAAUGAUUGUCAGUACUUACAGUAUAUAGCGCCAAACCUUUUUCUAAAAGAGGAAAGAAAAGUUAAGGAAGAACUUUUAUUCUUUUUAAGCUUGUAAUCAAGUAUCAAAAGUCAAAUAAAGCAAACUGUAGUAAACAAAAUAGAAUAUAAAUUAACCCUUUAACACCGAACGUGUCGGCAGCGACGCGUUUAUGCAUAUCGUCUUUGAAGCUUCGUCACGCUGUAAUUACGUUACCCACGUGCCACUGGUUGGUCUCAUUUGAAAGUGCGGAAGUUGAUGAUCAACACCAGUUUUUAUUUGAAGUCUAUCGACCAAGAAAGAUAAUGUCAUUUGAGUUUUAUAGUUUUAUUGCACUCAUAAAUAUGCAUUAAAACGCUGCAUGGAUCAUGUAUCUAUCUCCAUAUUUCCAUCAUUUCUUGUCCUUUUUCAAAACCGAAAGCAGCACAAAAGACUACAUAUCCCAAGAGCCGUUGUGAUGUCAAGAAGGACGAACCGAAUGUGAUCAUUUUUAAUAAAUUUCCAAGCGAGGAGCCAACUAAUGAAAGGGAGGCAUGCGAAGCAAGCAACGGCAGGUUGGUUUGAGCGAGCGACUUUGAAACGUGCGGAAUGAAUCUAAAACUACAUUUAGCGCAAGCUAAUGGAUUAUUUCACUAACUCAAGGAAGAAGAUGAGCCGUAUUUGUCGUUGUUUUCUUGGGACGAGUCGGCGUCUCGGCGAUAGAAGUGACAGGCUGACAGCAGCGCGCAAACGGCGAAAGAGUAGGCUGUGUGACGUGUGUGACACAGCUCCGUGACCUGUUCAAGAAGAAGCUUUAUUGAGUGUGAAAAAAAAAAAAAUUAUCGGGUAGCAUGCCACUAUAAUCUUUUCAAAUUUUACGUAGAUGUGCGUUUGAGAAGUUUGAUUGCAUGUACGUAUAUACUUUUGAUAAGGUGAUGGGUACAACACCUAACUUCACAAAGAGAUAUCCUCCAAACCAUUUUUUGUGUUGGAUGAUAUAUAUAAAUUUUUUUCUCACUAUUUUGCACUGUAUAUAACCUGUUUUGACCAUAGUAUGUGUAAAGGCCAAAAACGCCUAUGACCAUACCUGCUGUUUGUGUUGAAUUGUCAAACAAAAAACUAUUCAAUCUGAUUUUUUUCUAUUGAAUGUUUAUCCUAACGAGUUGAAUAAAUAUUAUCAAGCUUCAAAACGGUUGGUCGAGCAUGUUUAGUUGUCAAUGGGACAUCAACGUUACAAAUUUUGAAAAAAGAUUUUGGGAUUUUUUUUGUCUUUUGGGGUCCAAAAUGUGGAUUAUAAUUGGUCAGUGAAGAAAACAACAGUUUGGACAUGAAGUUCAAGGUGUCCUGGAAAAAGGGAUCCACCUUGGCCAUUGUAAACAUUUUUUUUCUUUGAAAGAUAAAGGCAACAUCAAAUGCAUGCAAAUUUGGCCAAAAUAGGCUUAGGUGUUAAAGGGUUAAACAAUUGCCAGAUUGGGGGGCCCCCUAGUGGUCAGGGGCCCUAAGCAGCUGCAUAAUCUGCGUAUAGGCUGGGCCGGCCCUGACAUAAACCAUGUGGGAACCGUUUUAUCCAUGUCAUAUUUGCGUAAUCGUGCAAUAAAAAUUAUCUAAGCUUGUCUAUUUCGCCCAUUUUUCCUGAAUAAAAUUAUGAAAUAGGUUUUUGGAACUAUAGUUAAACUGAAGACUGUUUUAUGUCAAUGCCUCAUUUUUUAAUUUUUUUAUUUUUUAAUAUGCUGUACCAUCUCAAAACGCAAAAGACCCCCUCCCAGUUAUUUAAUGGCAAUGCUAUACAAGUCUCAAAACUUUUUCAUCCAUGUAAAACAAUAAUGGUGAGUUCUUAAAAUGACAAUCACAGUUACAGCCCAGAAUUUAUAUUGUAAGUCUUAACUUUAUACUGUAUGUGAUCUGCCCAAAAGCCCCAGUACCCCAUUAUUAUUCACAAAAAAACGCGUGUGUUUGGCUUACUUGUAGUCAAUGUCGUUAAAAAUCCAUGUCGAUGCAAUGUUCAUCAUUUUUAGCAAGAUCUUCGACGGCGCCUGGAGAGAAAGCCAUUGUCUGUCCCCAGGCUAUCUAAGUAUCCCACCGUUUUCGUCUAAAUUCCUGCACUUUUUCACCCUUGGACAGAUGCUUGAUGCAUAUAGCAUUGUUUCGAUGCCUUUUGACUAAAUUCGGAAUGCGGUUUCCUUAUUUUUUUUGUUCAUAUUCGCUCAUGUCGGAACUGGACGCGCUUGACGCCAUGUUGUGUUUUUUGGAAACCAUGGCAACAAUCCUUGUCUCCUAUUGGUACACAUGACGUACACCACUUCACGCACUGCAAAUCCUACUCCGCCUUAUCAAUAUCACUGCGUCACAGUAAAAAAAAAAAAAAAAAAAAAAAAAGGACACAAAAAUGCUAAUCAUUAAAAAAAUGACUGGAAACUGAGUAGAACUUUAUUUUUGGGUACUAAUUAGCAAUGUAUAUAUAUUAUAAAGCAGAGUUCAUGUAGAUCCACUUGAGUGGAACGAAAUCCAUUUUCUAAGCACUUUUUCCCCAUGGUUCCAAUACAGCCUAUAAGAGUGAAAAAUUUGAUAGAACACCGGUCGAAUCCACAUGCGUCGGAUGAUUGUCCGUCGCCAUCUGGGGAAAGGUUGCAAUAUUUGCUGCAUGUAUUGCGCCUUCGCUGGCGUGAAAAAUGCUGCAAUAUCAGAGGUUUCUGCCUCAAAAGGCACAAAAACGUAAGCAUUUGUCGCACCACUAAAAGGACAAGCCAGAGUUUCGCCAUGUUUGUUGUUCUGAAUGUUUAGUAGGUGAGACUGCGCAUGCCCAAAGUGACGUGUACGAGUGCUGACAUCAUCGAAGCGAGUGGGUUCCCAUUUAUAUGAUUGCACAGCAAGCCCUGCAAUCGAAUGCUUCCGCUUUGGAGGCUGGAAUCAAAAGAUUGUGUCUUCGCCAUCCGUUUUCACUGACACCAUAUAAAGGCGAGGUUCCGCAACACAAUCAUUGCAUCUUGGUGUCGCACCAUGUAAACUGCCCCUAACUCUGUUGCACAAAUGACUUUUGCGCCAAAUGUUGCACUGUAAGUGGUGCAAAAAUAAUUUGCACUUGUGGGUUAUCAACAGGCGCUGGUUGCAACAGAGGACCGUUUUCACCAACCAAAAGAGCUCCUUAGACUUCUCAAACCUCAAAGUAUCACACUGUGUGCCACAAAGAGAGAAAAUAGUUCUUGAGUUAAAGUUAUCAUUUCUGAGUUUUGCAUUUGGAUCUUUAAUUGUAUCCUUAUCAGGUAUACCCUUCAGGGACAAUCCAAAGUUGUAUUAGUUCUGCAUUUUGCCUCGGGGAUGGUCGGAUGUCACUUCACAGAAUUUCUGUCCAGUGAAAUAGAUUAUCAACAGUAUUAAUUUAGGGCAUGGGCUUCCUAAAGGGACGGUCAGAAAUAAAAAUGUCAUUCACACAAACUCUUUUAAGUAAAAUAUUCUCAUGUGACCCACUGUUGGAUUUAGAGUUUGAAGUGAAAGUGCAAGUGUGGUGGCAGGGCAGAGGGUUGACAUUCUCCUGGAUGAACCAUUGACGUUGAGGUUUGAGCUCUAGGUCAUUUAGCCCUGUGUUAUCUGUUGUCAAUGACAGACAAUGAACACCAAUUGUUACAUCUGCCAUAUAGUGGAAGAGCAUUUAUUUGUUAUGCACAUCUUUCUGACGGCAUUUUCUGGAACAGUAAAGGGAAAUUGGGUUAUGUCCUUUAUAACACCUAAAUCUACUCACAUAACACUUGUCUUUGCGAAUGACUGCACAAGGGAGCUUCUGGAUGUAACAUCUGAGCAGUUGUCUUAAGUGACUCUUGAAACGUGUCCAACAAUAGCCUACAGCACAAAGUCACAGAAAGUACAAGCAUCAGUUAUAGUAUAUGACGUUACAUCUGGCAACAGUCAUUUCUCUAGUCUGUAUUGUCAAGGGACUCUGUCUGCCCUGCUGCAGUCUUCUACUUCUCCCCACCAUUGCGCUAGCUCUCUCACUCUCGUUCUCUCUUUCUCUUGCACAUACAUACACACACACACUGUCGUACUAAUGAGCAAGCCAAAAGCUACCCGGCAGCACUGAUCUCUCGUCAGCAGGGCUACAGAGAGACAUCAGAAGCAACGGGACACUAGGCUGAUCUGCAACCGGCUUGGUGGCAAGGCGAACAGUGGACGAAAAGGGAGCGAUUGCUAGACAAAUUAUUCAGUCAGUGAGAGAGAGUUGAGCCAUCUGCACCUGCCAGCCUUCUCUAGCUGAUUUUGCGAGCCUGCACUUUGUUUUUUUUCUUUUGCUCAGGACUUUUUUUUUCUCCUCUCAUCCAGUCAUGGAGGAGAUGCUCACCUGCAGCCGAAGCCCGUUUUCCCAGGUGUUUGGGCGCCAGGGUCAGCUAAUGCAAGCCACGGUGCAGUCACUCAACAGCCUGAAUGAUCAGAUUGCAAGUUUAAUAGUGACGGGACCCAAGUCACUUGAGCAAGAUGAUCAUACAUAUCGUCCCCCAGAGAAGGAAUCACUACAGAAGUCAAUGACCUUGAUGAGACACCUUCUCGUGGAUGCUCAGGCGAAAAUUCUAAAAAUGAUGGAUGACAACAAGCAGCUGGCUCAGCGCAUAGACGGGGCCAUUCAGUCGGCAAGCCAGGAGGUGACCAAUUUGCGCUCGGAACUGAGCGCUACCAGUCGCAGACUGACCGAGCUGGGGGCUGCUGACCUUUCCGGCAACAUGCUUGAGACCGUGCAGCACAACCACAACGAUAGUUCUCCACAUGCGAAGCAGAAGACACCCUCCACUGACCUGUGCUACGUGAGUGAAAUCAGCAGUCUAAUGGACUUCAACUCUCCCGAUGCCUCCCUAGACAAAGUUCUGCUUCGUGAGGAGGUGGCCCAACUGCAGGAAGAGGUGCACCUGCUGCGCCAGAUGAAGGAUAUGUUGAGUAAAGACCUGGAGGAGAGCCAAGGAGGAUGCUCGGCCGACGUGCUUUCUGCCACCGAGCUCCGCGUGCAGCUGGCCCAAAAGGAGCAAGAGCUAAAUCGUGCCAAGGAGGCUUUGCAAGCUAUGAAGUCUGACCGUAAGCGUCUUAAGGCAGAAAAGGCAGAACUAGUCAACCAGAUGCAGCAACUUUAUUCCACACUGGAGAGCCGGGAGGAGCAGCUACGUGAUUUUAUUCGCAACUACGACCAGCACAGAAAAGAGAGCGAGGAUGCAGUAAAGGCUCUCGCCCAAGAGAAGGACAUGCUGGAGAGAGAGAAGUGGGACCUGCGACGGCAGACCAAGGAAGCCACAGAGCACAUGGGAAUGCUGCGCACACAGCUGGAUCUCAAGGAAAACCGCAUUAAGGAGCUAGAGGCUGAACUCGCCAUGAUGAGUAACUGUGUCAAUCAAAGAAUGGAGUUCCGGGUGUUUGAGCGGCUCGGGGACAGGGACUUCUCCCCGAGGGUCAUGGCGGCCAAACAGUCACUAGCCACCCUGACCAAGGACGUGCCUAAACGUCACUCCCUGGCAAUGCCAGCAGAGACGGUUGUCAACGGCAACAACCAGGAGUGGGUAAUGCAGGCUGACCUUCCCCUAACUGCUGCCAUCAGACAGAGUCAGCAAACCCUCUACGUGCACACGGGCCAUCCCACCGACCGACAAGUGGCCUCUGUGCGGGUGAGCCCGUGCCACUCACGUCAACCCUCCUUCAUCUCCGACGUCUCAGCUGUGGAGGGGGACAGGUCAUCUACACCUAGUGACAUCAACUCUCCACGUCAUCGGACUCACUCACUCUGCAAUUCUCUAGAAGAUCUGGAGGUGGCGAAGUGUAAGAAGAAGAAAGAGAAGAUGGGCCUGGGUUCAUUGUCACGAGUCUUCGCCCGAGGAAAGCAGCGCAAGUCCCUGGACCCGGGUCUGUUUGAUGGUACUGCAACACCCGAUUAUUACAUAGAGGAGGAUGCAGACUGGUAAAGAGCCUUUGCAGAAAAUGAUCAGAGGACAGCAUCGUGUUAAUGUGUGUGAGACAGAGAGCUUGUAUGUCAGGGUGAUUGUGACCGAGCACAUUGUGCCAUGUAUGUAUGUAUGUAUGUAUAUUCUGUACAUUCUUGUAAAUAGGGCGCGACAACAUGGUGGAUAGAAGUUUCAAUGCUCUAUUCUGAGUUUCACUCAACUACAAACUUGAAGGACUGCUGUAUGUGUAAAUAACAUUUGAUGUGCACUUUGUGUGGGUGUCUGCGUGCGUGUGUGUAUGUACGUUUCCUUGUCCUGAAUGCCUUUUCUUAUUUUUGAUAUGUAAUCCUGACUACCGUUUAAUCCCUUUACCCAUUUACUGUCCUGCUUGGUUCAUUCUCCCUUCCUUCCACACUCCCAUGAUAAGAACGGUUUUCCUGAGGGCGACAUGCAGACCCCUUUAAAUCCAUUCAAUUCUGUCUACAGUCAGGAAAACUGCGCAAGCGCCUCUUAUAGCAGGAUGAAUCUUUCACUCAGGGCACUUUGUUCCCUAGCAACACGAGGCCCAGCAGGAACUGUGGGAAAUGUGAUUUCUAUCUGUUCAGAUAGAAGCGUUUGUUCGUGCCAUAUUGUGCCAUGCAUGCACAUACUGUAACUUCUGCCCCACAAUGCAUGCGACUCUGACUCCACUGUCCGCAAAGUGAACUAACAGCUGGAUGCGCCGAGAAAAGAGAGGUCAGUUAACUCUCAGCAUACUCUUGACCCAAUUUGUCAAAUGGUUAGACGUUUGAGAAUUGUCAUCCAUUGUUACAAAAUAAGUGCAAUGAUUCUAAUUAAAUACAGAAUGGGAAAAAACUAUUAACGGAAAGCAAAUCAAGCAUUUGAAAAAAUAAUAAUCAUAAAAAUAUUGUUCUGAAAGCAAUAUUGCAUUGCUGCUGAAAAUUACUGCAUAUACCGUACAUUUCUGAAUCCAGUAGGAUAUUUGUUUUUGGUAUUCUUUUUUAAGCUUGGCAGUAUGGCCUAAAAUCCAAAUUGUGAUAUAAAACUGACUUGAAAAGUUAUAAAGUAUAUUGCUGUUUAGAUUUCAAUACUGUAUAACUGUAUCUGAAUGGAUACUAUAAUAAUGUAUUCUUGCUGGAUUAUCUAGGAACACAAAAAUGCAACUGCCAAAAAAUUAUUUUGCAAAAUUGCAAUUUUAUACAUUUUCGUUCAGUCAUUCAUCUCCCAAGACACUUAUCCACGCAAGGGUCGCAGGGGUGCUGGAGCCUAUCCCUCCAAACUAUGAGCAGGAGGCGUGUUUAUAAUAAAUGAACUCUAUACAACUAAUAAUGAAAGGAGUUUAUGUAAUGACUAAGUAGAGUAUAAUGCAAGAAUGCAAGUAAAAUUUAAAAUGAAACUUUGCUGAAGUAUAAAAAACUGCUUUGCCUUUCCCUCCUCAAUUUUUUAUACAAUGCAGAAUAUGAAGAAUAAUUAAAGGAAAAAAAAAAUAUAUAUAUAUAUACCUUCUGUACAAAGGCAAUGACAUAAAAGGAGGGCUGUCUUUAUCAUGUGAUAUAGAGUAUAUUGGCUUAAAAGACUGCUUUUUUGUACAUGCUUUUUUGUAGAUGAUACAACUACUCUCUAAUGACACAUUGCUAAAGAUAGCUGUGUUCCAUUAUUUCUCCAGGAUUCCACCAGCAAUUAACAAUCAACAACCGAUGAGAAGCGUUCGAGAUAUUACCGAUUUUCUAGGAGGCAAAGAAUGAGCCUGUAUUGUGUAGAAAAUUACACAUUGACCAAAAAGCUAACAAAAAUAAACAAACUUUCCCUUAAGGUCCUCGCUAGAUGGCGAUAGGGAAGGGAGUCGACAAUGCUCUUUUUCGCGCUUUAAUGAACGUGCAGCAAUCCAAUAAACGUUAAAACGUUAGAGGUUGCUGUAGGCCGAAAGCUCCUCUGCUCUGUCCCGCUUUCGUCAUUCCUCGGUGCCCUCACCUCCUGAAGAAGUACACUCAUAUUUACAGAAAUAUAGUAAAUACUGCCAAGCGGCAGCAUCAUUUGCUCAUUUAAUUUAUGAAUGAAAAAUAAAUCAGUCCGCUAGCCUCUUCCAGUGCUUGUUAUGGUGGCCCAUUCUCUUUAAUGGCGAUAUCUUUUUAAAAGGAUGCACUAUGUAAUCAGAAAUUAUAACUAAUUAAAACCAUGUUAACAUGCGAAGGAUACUGUAGUUGAUCAUAUUGAAUUUUAUUUUGAAAAUUAACCUGAUAUUUUACCCUGUGACCGCAUAGAACACCGCUCGUUCUGCGCUUUGCUGAAUUGAUGCAUUUUUGCUGUGUCGUCCAUUGAAAAUAGAAACCUUGCGUACCUUAUUCAACUGCUAGUGGUGUCUAAUUGUGUGGAAUCACGCUCAUUGAUUAUAAUGCUUCCGUAGUUGAUGGGGAAAUUAGUAUUAUUAAUUUUAUGCUGAUACUGAAGCCUAAAAAAACUCUUAUAUUAACACUAUAUAAAAAGAUCACGUGGGAUCCAUUGUUUUUAUCUAGGUAAUUAUCGGUUUUCAUUUUUUUAAAUCCAUUCAUCGAGGAAUAAUUGGGGCACACCAUUUAUGAGGAGGAGCAGGUCACUAUUUAAUCAAAGAAAGGUAUGGUUGUGUUGGAGAAAAAAAAAAAAAAAACGCCCCAGAUAGAUUAACUGGUAAACUCACCACAGACCCCCCCCCCC